UCCACUUACCUCUCGCGUGUCUCUCUCCCUCUUUUGUUCUAUUUUCUCUGCUAUUCGUGACCCUGUCUGCCGAGACUUUGCAGCCUUUUUCUUAAGCAAAAACUUUAACCCCAUUGGAGUAGAACAAGCAAACACCAAGACGACCCUUCAUCUCUCACUCCCUCUCCUCUUUUUGUCUCUUUAAACAAGUUUUUCUUACUUCUUUAUAGGGAACCAAUUUACUAGAGCCUAAUAGACCAAUGUGGGUUAUUAUCGAAUCGAUUAUCGAAGAAGAAGAAGAAGAAGAAGAAGAAGAAGAAGAAGAAGUGUACCAUCCUUUUAAUAGAUAGGAAACCCAAAAGCCUUCCAAACAAUUAAGUAGCGUGAAAAUGGAUAUCAGGGAAUCAAACACGCUAGGUAACAGAGCACAAGGCGUUAAUAUUAACAUCGGUUCAACUGGUACAUUGGCUUGGAAUAUUUGGGAGCUCAGUAAUUCUGCCUCUAGAAUGGACUGGACGACUACCUCCCCAACUCAUACGACUGGAUUUUAUGCUAACUCAGCAGCAUCCGGCGAGGCGGAAGAGGUCCCCAACUCCGGGUCGAGGUCUCAUGGAUUUGGGCCAAGUGACGAGCUACUUAUGCCCCGCGGGUAUGGCCAUCAACAGGGCACGACAGCAGAAGGAGGACACGGGUUCAUGCAACAGCAUCAUGGCCACCAGUCGCUAUAUAACGCCGUUGGGGAUGGGAUCCACCUACAUCCGGACCCUCACCUCGUCUGUUUGAAGCUAGGGAAGAGGCACUACUUCGAGGACACGUCGGGGUCGGCCACGGCUACGACGGGGCCAAUGGGGGAGCGAGGCGUGAUGGGGUUCCCGCUGGGAAUAAAGAGGGGCAAAGCCCUGUACGGAAGUGGAGGUGUGGUGGCGACGGCUGCGGAGUCUCUGUUACCCGUGACGGUGCCAAAGUGCCAGGUGGAGGGUUGCCACGUUGCGCUGGUGAACGCUAAGGAUUACCACCGGAGACACAAGGUGUGUGAGAUGCACUCCAAGGCUCCGAAGGUGAUGGUGUCAGGGCUAGAGCAACGCUUUUGUCAGCAGUGCAGCAGGUUUCAUGUAGUGUCGGAGUUUGAGGAGUCUAAGAGAAGUUGUAAGAGAAGAUUAGCCGGCCACAAUGAGCGAAGAAGAAAGAGCUCUCAUGAUUCUAUUGCCAGACACUCUUCUCAUCAUGAGAAUAAUAAAGUAGUGGUGGGUGGGGGGUUUCCAUACAUGGCAGCGUCCACGACAGGACGUGCUCUCUCUCUUCUGUCAUCUAAGACGCCCGAUUAUUCUUGGGUGCCCCCAUCUGAAUCCGACCUCUCCUCAAGAUCUAGCGCUGCCCUUCGUGAGCUCAUUGCUGAAAACCGUGCAGCCAUAUUGGCUCGUCAGCUAGUUGUGGACAGGGAUGCAUGGCCCUCUCAUCACCAUCAUCAUCACCCCAGCGAUCACGUCUUUGGUUCCGAGGCCUCGGCCCCACGAGGGUUCGGUUCAGUGGAGUCCCACCAUCACCACAACAUGUUUCCCGAGCCCAACCAGAGUGGUGGCUGGGAAAGGAUAAGCGAAAAUUGCACGCAUGUCACACUUGACCUCAUGCAGGCACCGAGCCAGGAAUUUGGGACGUUCAUGGCUUCAAGGGGAAAAACUAAGGCUGAGGAAGAUAAUUGUUCUGAUCAUCAUUUGUGGAACUCUUUUCAGGGACACAAUCUGGUCUAGAAUUUCUAAGAGUUGGUCGAUUGUUUAUUUGUUAAGUUAUUAAUCGAGGAGAAAUUGUCUACUAAAAAUAUAAAUAAAUUCCAAUUUUUGGAAUAUUGUAUUUUCUAUACUUCCUUUCUCUUGUUGAACACGAAUGUGUGGCGCAAAGAUGACAAUUCUAUGUAGUAUCAUUAGUACAUCUGUUAGAAAAAGAAGAGGAUAUAAGUGUUUUUCAUUAUUAGAUAUGUAGAAACUCAAAUGCCCUUAGUAUUUUUUCUUAACCUUUCUCCUUCCCUUUACUUUUGGGUUCAAUAAUUCAUCAUGCUUUUUACAAGCUAAUAAAAGAAACUAGAGAAGGGUUACUUUA